AUGGACGAGGAUUUGGCAGUCUCAGAAAAUCCAAAGUGUGUCAAAGCCAACAUGGAAGUUGAUGUGAAUGAAUGUGACAAAUCAAAGGUAGUAAUCGAGGAUGAUGAAAUGGAGUUGUCGUGUAACAAGGGGACUUGUAAAAAGAGUGUUGUAAUUAUUCUAGAAAAUCUGUUAACACUCAAUUUACACAUUGAAUUUACGCAUGUUAGGAGAUUACAUAACGUCAUUUCAUUACACAGAAAUCGUCACCCAUGGUUUAAAAUGGUCACUAUUUACACUUUUUCUGUAGAAAACAGAAGAAACAGUAAUCAGUCUGACUCUAGAUAUUGAGAAUGAUCCACUGCCAGACUGUGACAUUGGAGCUGAUCAACCAGGUGAAAGUGAGCGAUGUGAUGAUAAUUCGCAAAGGUAAAGUUCAGCAUUCUGGGAUGGUGCAGAAUGCUACACUGCACCAUCCCAGUCUCUUCCUCAGAUUGACUGUAAAAUGUACAUUCUUAUCUUUAAAAUUAGAAUUAGUAUUAGCAAAUGGGUUAGGAUUAUUUUUUGUAAUAAUUCCUAAUAAAUUUUUAAAAUUUGUUUCUAAGUUGGUAUGUGCAGUCAACCUGAGCUCUUAAGAGACUGGGCUGUCUGUGCAGUGGUAUUAGAAACUUUUACUGAAGUUUUAUAUUUUGGUAGUGUAAAUUUCUAGUAGUAACUUAUGUGUGGGGUUUGCCUUUUUAGGAUGUCGAGUCGUCUGUUUGCCAAUCCCAUAUCUAACUCGCCUUUGUUUGUUGUAAUGUCUUUUAUUUUGUUCUCACAUAGCAUUGUAAAUUUCCUAGCAAGUUUCAUUAAAGCUUAAAAUUGCCAUGCAGCUAACAAUUUUUAUAUUAGUUAUUCUUGGGUUUCAUAUGUCACAAAAGUGACAGGGGGGGUCAACUCUAAAACAAAAGACAGUUAUCAGAGUGAGUCGAUUGUUCAUUUUAUGCAUAAAACGAACAAUCGACUCACUCUGAUAACUACCUUGUGUAUAGUGGCAAAUACAUGGAAUUUCGUAUCAUUAUCUCACUCCAGUACAGCAUAAGCAUCAAUACAUUUGAGGUUGACCCCUAGUCAGAUUCACUGCAUAAUGCCGUAGUGAAAACCAAGAAUUAAUAAUUUAUUAAUUUAACCAACACCUGUUACAAAAACUAAUCUCUUCCAAUUAUUUCCUUUUACCUCACACAGAAACACAGCGACAAAGAAGGGACUCAAGAUACACGAUGUAUUGUUAGAUGUUGGGCCAACAAAAUUAACCAUUGGUGUCAUGUGGACGUAACCAUAGUUCCGAAACAUUGUCUUUAACAAAUUUCCAUCCAGGCUGGCUCAUAGAUAAGGUUAGUCUAGUGAAAUAGCAUGCCGUACUAGUAUACAACAUAUGCAAGCCAUUCAGGUUAAAAAGAAAACCUGCCAUACAGUAGGACAGUUCCGCUGCAGUUUUGGUAGAGAAUGCAGCCUUUCACUGGCACAAGUUUAGAAAACCUGUCGCAAUAAUUUACAUUAGACAUUGAUCAAUAUCUGGUCAUAAUAAUAAUGCACGUAGUAUCAAAACAUACAGGUUCUUGAACAGUUCUUAAUUUUCCAGGUGGUGGAAACAGCUCUGUGGAAGUUCACUUUGAAAUAUGAUGUUUUUGCUGUAGAUGCAACUUUGGCAACCAUUGCUAAACGUGGAUCCAGCACCUGUUUGCUUUGGUCAGGCCAAAGUUUUGUGUCUGUUUCGAAAAUAUUUAUUCGUAUCAAUGAACAUGAGAUUCAUUGGACAUUACUGGUGAGAAUAUCAUUCAUACUGAUCUAUGUUAAAUUGCUCGUUUUUCAUAAAGGAAAAUGGCAAUAAAAAUUAAGUUUGUCUCAUUUGAAAGUACUUUUGGUAUUAUGUAUAAAGACAUUUACAAUUUUACUCCAUCUUCUUUGAGAGACAUUUUGACCAGAAACAGUAUGUAGUCCGUUAUCUUAUGUUUAUAUUUGACCUAAUUAACUGACAUUUUGAUGACAUCAUACCUGUUAAUAUUACUAUGUUGCUGACUUCAUUGAAAUGAAAUAAAUUUACUAACAUGCUGUGAAACAACCUAAAAUACAGGCUCAUAAUGAGAUAUGGUUGACAGAAUACAAACUUCUCCAUGAACCAAGAUGCUUUUGAACCAAAAUGCAAUUCAUUAUGGACCCCAUGAAUGGCCAGAAGGAAAGGACAAUUGUCAUAUUUAGCCUUUUGGUUAUUACAGUUAGCUACUACCUUCUUUUUUUAAUUCUAUAUUUAUUUCGUUCCAAUUCCACAUCUCAUCAAUAAAUAUAUUCUUUUGGUUCGAGUAUCAGGAUAUACUUUAAUACUAACAGUUAAAUAAAUAUAAACCAGAUUGGUCGGUCUAGAGAUACAAAUUUUCUUGUGCUUUAAAUUAAUAUUGCCAUGCCGCCCAGGCGUGCUUUCUUUGGCAAGUUUAUAAGUUGAAAUCUGAUCCAACUUGCUUGAAUUGUAACUCGACACUAGAUUAUAGAGUAGAAAGUCACAUCACGAUAAAUAUUAAUUUUUAAUUGCAGUUCUCUUCACGAUUUCUUGUUGCAAAUUUAAAUUUCAUCACACAAAAUUGCAAAUAUUGUUACAAACGCGACAAACACACUCCUCUCCCACCCUGCCCAUAGUAUCAUUUUAAUUUAUCACCCAGAAUCUGGGUGACACGUGACCAGCCGAAACCAGGGUCUUUCCUUCGCCUCGCGCCGUUCUAAGAAAGACCCUGGGAACGAGGUUGUGAAAGAACAAGGCUCAUUUGUCAUUAUUUUUGAAAUAUUUUUACUCUUUUAACCAUCGUAGCAUAUCUGCUACAUGUUUUAAUUAAUUCUGUUUCAUUAAACGGUAGUACCCCCUGUAGAAAAUUAAUUAUUCAUAAACAAAGACGGCGGCUCAAGGAGAAACACAUGUUCGCAAAUCCAAGGUAAUUUCUUUGCUUUUUUCUCGUCCUUUUUCCCUGAAGUCAACAUGUUUCUGUUAUUAUAUCUAAAAUAGUACACCUAUACAAUAUUUCGAACCAAGAUAUAGCGAGGAAUCUCGCUUUUAAGUUGUGAAAUUUUGAAAUUGAAAUUCGUUGUAGCAAAUGUGCUACAUUGGUCGAUUGUGGUAACCCAUCACCUAAUCAAACUAGAUAAUUUUCUGGUUUAUUUCUUCAGUUUUUGGCCUAUAUAUUUACAAAUACAAUAGCACACAAUAAAAUAAUGUUUUGCUCUACUUGUUUAUCUUUUACUCAGCUUGUAUUUUAUGUCAUAUUUUAUCUUUUCUGCAAAUCUCAGCUGAUAGGUAUCAUGUUGAUGAUGUCCUUGACAUUGUUGAUGGAUCGGACAGAGAGUUUAGUGAAUUGUCAAGUGACGAUGAGUUGGAUGAUGAGUCGUCCUAUCCUGAUAGAAGUAAUGGUAACACGCAGAGCGAAUCUGGAUCUGAUGAUUUCAAUUUGUCAGAUGAUGAGCCUCUUGCUUCGCUUGCAAAUCAACAAGAUGCUGCUGUUGAAUCUGGGUAUAAAUUCAACAAUCGAAGGGCGUUCAUCCCGCCAUCAGAUUUGGAGUUUGUUGAUGUUGCUGCUGAACCAGAACCCAUAGAUAAUACUCCCUAUGGCUACUUCAAAAGUUUUGUGACUGAUGAUAUGUUUGAGCACAUUGCUUUGGAAUCGAACAAGUAUGGGCAUCAGAAAAAUGGAGAGUCUACAAACUACUGCAAAGGAACUUGAAACUUUUGUUGGUCUGUACUUCCACAUGGGAAUAGUAAAGAUGCCAAGUGUUAGUAGUUAUUGGGAGACAGGUACUCGAUACCCACCAGUUGCUGAUGUUAUGUCGAGGAAUCGAUUUCAGAUUGCUAUGCUAUCACGAUACAUCUCCAAGACAACUUGGACGUAACUGAAGAACAACGAAAAGACAAGGCCUGGAAGAUAAGACCUUGGUUUGAUUACCUGAACUUGAACUUUGGAACUGGUAGAGGGCCCCCUAUACUUUUUGCGUGAAGCGUGACAGGCUUAUUUUACUUAGCUGUGAAACGUGAUCGGGCCCCCUACACUUUUUGCGUGAAGCGUGAAGGGCUUAUUUUACUUAGCCGUGAAACGAGAUCGAUGAUUUUCUUAAUCUGUGACUCGUGAAAAGGCAAAAUAUUUUACGUGAAAGCAUAUUGUGAAGAGGUAUAGGGGGCCCUCCUGGUAGUCCAUCAGAAAACCAAUGUGUUGAUGAAGCAAUGGUUGCCUUCAAAGGAAGAAGAAGCCCAAGAAAUGGGGAUUCAAACUUUGGGCUCGAUGUUCUUCCACUGGAUUUAUGCACAAGUUUGACAUCUACCAAGGCAAAGGAACUGGCAGAGAUGAUGAUGUUUCUGAUUGUGGACUUGGCGGAAAUGUGGUCCUUAAGUUGUGUGCAUCCCACCCACCUAACCAAAACUUCAAGGUUUUUGCAGACAACUACGUUUCUAAUUUUGCCCUGGUGAGUGCAUUGGCACAACGAGGUCUCCACUAUGUUGGCACCAUAGCAAACCACUGUCUGCAUGGUGCUCCUCUUAAGUCAGAGAAAGAGCUGAAGAAAGAAGGCAGAGGUUCUUAUCACUGUGCUGUAGAGACAUCAAAGAACCUAUCUCUGGUUCGUUGGCUUGACAACAAGUGUGUAACCGUCGUGUCAUAUCUUGCGGCUGAACCUGUUGGAUCUGUUCAACGAUAUGACAGGUAUAAACGCUAUAAAUAUAUAUGAUAAAAUAAUAUAUUAUACCUCAAAUUCAGAAAGCUAAGUUUGUGCCAUGUGAGCAUGAAAUUUAUCAUUGAAUCAUGCUUUACAUCAUCGCAGAUUUCAAUCAUCACACCGGGUGAUUUCUCAACUUGGAGGCUUUCAAUUUUCGGUGUAAUAUAUCAUUUAUAUACCUUCCGCUCAGGGAAUUUGGUGAAAUAUUACCCUCAGUCAUGAUAUUUCCUUCGUUUCACCAAACUUCCCUCUCUCUGGGACUAGGUCUAUAAACGAUAAAUAUUACAAAGAUAUGAUAGGUAUAAACAUUCCCUUCAAUUUCCAAAAGCUCUCUUUAGGAGGUAAAAAAUGAAUUAUUUGUGUUUUUUCUUUAGAUCCCAGAAAAAGCAUAUAAGUGUUGAUCGACCUCAUGUGAUUGGUGUUUACAACAUUG